ACCUUGCAAUUCUAAAGUCUCUUUACACAUGUGAAGCAUGAGGGUGUGUUUAUGGGCCAUCAAGAAACACAUGAAGGGUGAUAACUAAUUAGAAUAUUGAACAUUAUAAUGACUUUUCGAUUUCUCCCUUGUUACAAGUGCCUGUUACUGUCAUGUGCCAUUUGAGUCAUUAUAUCCUGCUGCCGUGGCGGAAGAUAAGAAGGACCAAAGGGGGUUAUGGUCCCUCCAAAAUUUUGGAUCAUAUUUAGCAAUUAUAUAUUAUUUAAGAAUAAAUAAAAGUUUUUAUGUGUUUUUACCCCCUCGGAAACAAAACAUAGAUGUAGAAAAGAGAAAACCUAAAACCUAAAAAAAAAUUGACCCCUCCGGUACUGCCGUUCAAGUUCCGCCGCUGUGACAUAUUGAAAAUGAAAAUAAUAUGUGUUUAUGGGCCAUCAAGAAACACAUAAAGGGUUAAAUAAUAAUUAGAAUAUUGAACAUCAUAGUGACUUUUUGAUUUCUCCCUUGUUGCAAGUGCCUGUUAUUGUCAUGUGCCAUUUAAGUCAUUAUAUCCUUCUGCCAUGAUAUUUAUUGAAAAUGAAAAUAAUGUGGUGUAUGGUAACAACUGAUGUGUGCGGAGCAUUGGAAGUUAUUUGGAAAACUUGUGCUGCAGGGUGACAAGUGACAACUAAGUUAUCUUAGAAAGUAGAAACCUCCAUGGAUCACCUGAGUUUAUUGUUCCCAAAGCAGCUUUUAUGCUAUAGUCACGCUAUAAAACCACAUUGUUCUCGAUUGCCGUAGGUGAUUGGAGGCAACUGAAAAGUAACAGGUUACGAUGAACCCACCAUUUAAAUUAGAUUGCCCGUUAAACAUAAGUGCCUUUAACGUUACACGUGCUGCCAUCCUUUGUUCCGACCCACAAGCUAGAGCAAGUUGUUGUCGUUAUAUCAACGCCCUUGUUGCAGUUUCUAUUGCUCGUUAUGCAAACACAACUAGCAGCCUUGGAGUUUCUCCAGAAUUAUCGCCAAUAUGCCUCGAGACUUUAUCAGAGACCUUAGAACUUCAUGGAAUGACAAAAAAUGCUUCAGCUUUCUGUGGAUUUGGAACAAAAAUUCCCGUCAAUUAUGAGUGCCUUGGAAUAACAACUGUCAACCAGAUGCUUCAAUCUCCAAAAUUUUCUAAUGUCACUCUAAAUUGUAAGGCGCCAUUAGGUGAAGGUCGUUGUAGAAAGUGUUUGAAUGCUGGCAUCCUGUAUAUAAGGAACUUAGUAGGAUCUGGGGAUAAUACGACCGUGAGCACUUGCAGGGAUGCAACAUUUGUUGCUCUUGCCAGUCAAGUUGAUGAUGUCUCGGCUGUUGAGAUCGCUCACUGUUUUUUUGGAGUUCAAGGGCUCAGUAACAUAUCAAUAUUAACAGGAUCUUCCCCACCUGCAUUUUCACCUGAGUCGUCUCCAAGUCCGUUUGGUGCUGCUAGCCCAAGUCAACUCUCUUUAACGACUGACAUUAGACACCGUCCUUACCACCUCUCAUUGGUUUCUGGUAUUGGCAUCGCAGUUACGGUACUAGCCACUAUGAUGCUAGUACUAAUGAUUUUUCUUAUUCGUAGAAAACGUAGGGAAUUAAAUGGUAAGGAUAUGGCACCCGAUAAAACCUCAAUGAAAACAAUUUCUCAGCCUACCAAAAAAUUCCAAGAAGGUCCGUCAUCUAUGUUUAUAAAGUUUAGCUAUAAGGAGACGAAAAAAGCAACCAACAACUUCAGUACCAUUAUCGGACAAGGAGGAUUUGGCACUGUAUACAAAGCAGAAUUCAGUGAUGGUUCCACAUUAGCAGUGAAGCAUAUGGAUAAAGUGUCAGAGCAGGCUGUGGAAGAAUUCUGCAGAGAAAUAGAGCUUCUUGCUAGACUGCAUCACCGCCAUCUUGUUGCCUUAAAAGGCUUUUGCAUUGAAAAACAUCAAAGGUUUCUCAUGUAUGAGUAUAUGGCCAAUGGGAGCUUAAAAGAUAAUCUUCACAAUCCAGGUAUAGCUCCGAUGAGUUGGCAGACAAGAAUUCAAAUCGCAAUUGACGUGGCAAAUGCUUUGGAAUACCUCCAUUUCUAUUGUGAUCCUCCUCUGUGCCAUAGAGACAUCAAGUCCAGCAAUAUAUUACUUGAUGAAAAUUUCGUAGGAAAGGUUGCAGACUUUGGUCUUGCGUAUGCUUCUAAGGAUGGAUCCAUCUGUUUUGAACCAGUUAACACAGAGAUCAGAGGAACUCCUGGUUAUAUGGAUCCUGAAUACAUGGUCACUCAAGAGCUAACAGAAAAGAGUGACAUCUACAGUUACGGGGUCGUGCUCUUAGAGUUGGUGACCUCUAGACGAGCUAUACAUGACAACAAGAAUUUGGUAGAAUCAUGUCAGUCGAUAUUGACAUCAGAAUCAAGACAUGGAGAACUUGUGGACCCCGCCAUUGGCAAGUCUUUUGACUUUGACCAACUUCAAACAGUUAUUACAAUUGUAAAAUGGUGUACCCAGAAAGAAGGGCGGGCACGACCUUCUAUUAAGCAGGUACUAAGGCUUUUAUAUGAGUGUGCAGACCCAAUGCAUGAUGGUUUUAUUGAAGCCGUGGAAGAUGAAAGAAGGACAAGUAAAGGUAAGAUACAUAGAAGAGAUGGGAUCUUCCAAAGUUGGGAUGGCCGGGGUUUAGCCUCUUCAUCUAGUACUUCACGGUCGUAUUGUAGUCGAAGCUUUCUACUUGAAACUGGAUCAUCGCCUCAAUCACCUUCAAACAUACCCUCUAUUUAAAUUUUAGAAAAUUAGUAACAUCCCAAAAACCAAAGGGGAUUUUGUAGUUGUACAGUCGAUUACCCUUGAUAGGUUUCGUGUGUUUUGUAUGACAAAGGACAUGAAAGUCUUGGCAUUUUAUAAGCCAUGAAUCAUAUUGCUGGUAUGUUUUCAGAAAUUGUAGAGUAUGGUCUCUUCUUGUCCUUGAGAUAUUCAAAGAUUAUUCAUCAGCAAGUAUGAGACUUUAAAAUCAAGGCUUUCAACAAUAUAUCAAGAAAGCGAAGCCAAGACAUCUAGCAAUACUUGAGAUAGUUUUACUCGGUUGUGGAUUAAAGUUUUUAGUCCAAUCAUUUAUGUUCUAUGUUUCCAAACAUAAUGUUACUCAUUUGUGAUACAUUAUAUAUUAUAUUGCUUUCUUCCACAUUUA